UGUUUUUAUUCAGUGAAAUGACAAUCAUAGGAAAUAGUUAAGAAUGUAACACAAGAAAAUCUAGAAAUCAAUGUACUAUACCAAGAUUUUUGUUCCAAAGUAAUCAAAAUUAGUUGACAAACACGUGGUGCCACGUCACUGCUAUUUCCACUUACAUUUUGAAAGUAUGUAGUAAACCAAAACAUGGGUACGCAAAUGAAAUACUUUUCAAUUGGUUAAAAUUCAGAUACAAACUUAUAUUUAUCGUUGAUUCACUAUAGCCGCAGAUAAGCAACUUGCCUAAAAUAGAUGUACACAAAUGUGAAACAAAUCGCCAGCCUUUAAUGAUUGGAUCAUACUUUAUAUGAUCGUGUGCACAAUGUGCUCUUCGGAACUUUCGUAGUUUACAUUAUCCAUGAAAUCCACAAAAAAUAAUCCCUUGCGAUAAAAAUAAUUUCACAAUAUGAAUCAUUUUAAUGAUGCAAUAACAUGCGCUUUUUUAAGAUUUUUUUUUCUUUUUUGAAAAUCCAUUUGGAUUGAUAUUAUAAUACCCACAGGAAAUAACUGAUCCGAUCAUUCACGGCCGAGCCAAAAGAAUAUAGUUUUAACAUACUAAAGAGGCUUUUCUUUUGAUACAAAUGGUAUAUUACCAUACAACUGUUUACAAUAUUUGAUUUAACAAACACUAAAGUGGACAUUAUACUGAUUGAAUUUUAAUAUUUGUCUGAUAUUUUUUGAUAUCUUACUGUUAAAUAUUGUUAAAUGUUAUUGAAAAAACUAUUGUUUAUUAUCAUUGUACAGUACAAAGUAGUGUGCGUUCAAUGUUUGUCAGCUGGUGUUUUAAAGUCGUAAAUUAUCCAUAAUACUGUAUUUGUUAAGUGUCAACAUUGCAAUAAUUUUGUAACAACAUAACACCUGGUAUUGGAUAUAUCUGAAUCUGUAAAUAAUUUAUUUGUGAUAUCCAAUGAAUCACAAUCAAUUACCAUACUGUGCUAAAUCAUGAAUAAGGUAACAUUGUUGAUUUGUUUGUUCCUCACCUCCAUUGGAAUACAAUUACUUUUUUUCGAUUCAAAGUAUAAAGAAAACGAAAAACAACGUAAAUAUGAAUGGAAAAAUGACCCAUUAAGGUCACAAUCCCAAAGGCUAAACAAAGAUAAGCAUUUACGAAACCGAAUGGACAUUAAAGCUCGAAAAGACAUUGUAGUGGUCAAACAAUGUAAAGAUGCGAAUACUGCCGCAAGCGCAUUGUUCUCCACAUUAAUGCUAGAUUCCUUAGAUCGGUUGUUUAAGAUUGGAGAUAAGAUUCGUGUAUUGGUAGAACUAUUUGAUUCAUAUGGGAAAAGGAAAACAAUAGGCGGAGACCAUCUUCGUGCUAGAAUAUGGAACGUUGAGUUUAGUCUAUCAGCUCCUGGGACAGUGUUUGACAAUACAAACGGAUCAUAUAUGAUAAUAUUUGAAUGUUUCUGGGGCGGACCAUCACAGAUAAGUGUAUCAAUAGCAUAUACACGAGAAGGAGUUUCAGCACUUUUUAGAUUGAUGACAAGAGUACUUGCCAUGGUAAACAUUGAAGCAAGGUACGAGCAUGAAAAUGAAACGGAAGAUGCGUUAUGUCAUCCCGACGUUAACCACCUAAAUGUACAUACACACUAUAAAGAAAUUUGCAAUUUUACUCUUUUAAAUUCAGGAUUACCAUGGUUUUGUGGUAAACCUGAAAAUAAAAAUAUAAAUUGCAAGGAUUGGAAAUAUAGUAGACAUACAUACCAAGAUAAUACAUAUUUGCUUAAUCAAUGUGAACAAGAUGUUUUAAAAAGUAAACAGAAUACAUCAACAUAUUGCACAAAAUGCUUUAACACAAUAUUAAUGUUACUGUUGUACUUUCACAGAUCACACCAAACGAUUCAACAAACUAUUAACGUUACUAUUCAAGAAACGACGAAGAAUAAUCAAGUUGAACGAAUUUCUUGCCUCGAAUAUAAUACAACUAAUUUGUGGUUUUUGAAACAGACAACCGGAUAUUUACAAAAUUUGACUUGGCAUACAACCCAUUGCAAAGGCUUUUUCCAAGAAGACCUUGGUGAUUGUAUGAGAAAUAAAACACUUUAUCUAUUUGGAGAUUCAACAGUCCGGCAAUGGUAUUCAGCAAUAAAAAGUCGGAUCAAUUGCAAACACUUAACGAAGACAAACCCGAAAUUAACAGCAGCAGAGUGCAUCGUGAAAAACAAGAACUUUACGAUGUUUUUAGCACCACACUGUUAUCCGUUUUACAUAAGCAAAGAUCAAUGGAAAUAUGCUUUAGAUUAUCUAACGUCAAUAGCUAGACGAAUUAACCAAAUACCACCAUUUGAAGAUGCAAUAGUUUUAGUUCAUAUAUUUGCACACAUGAAAACAUUCCACUAUAAGAACUUCAAAGAAAAGAUCAGUAAUAUACGUCAUGCCAUUGAAACGCUUUUAGAAAGGAAUAAGCAGGUUAAAGUAUUUAUUAAAAUGCCACAUACAUUUACUAAUAAUAUUGCAGGAAUAAAUGACUUUUUCGAAUCAAAAUUUUCAGAAAUAAUAUUCGAGGUUUUUGAAGGGCUAUUUAAUAAGGUAAUACCCUUAGAUCAAAAAGACGCAACGAAUGCCGCGAUGUCCAAAUUUUUGCAUCCUCCAAACUUUAUAGCCGAUGCUAUGGUGAAUCAGAUGUUUAGUUACAUAUGUGAAUAAAUGAACAAAACAAAACACAAUCAUCAAAUUAAAAAAAGGAACAGGAGACAUUUGGUUUUAACUACACUCUCGUAUAAGCUAUUUAUUGCACUUUUUUAAUUCAGAGACUUAGUUCAAUUAAAAAUUACAUUACCAAUUACAAAUUAGUGACAAAAAUAACCAGCUGCGAAUUCUUUUUAUUUGAUACUGCAAUUUCAAAAAACAUACUGUCAAAUGAAGAUAAAAUGUGGAACUUAAAACUGUUUAUGCAUGGUAAAACAAUUAUGAGGCAAAAUGCGCUAAAGUAGAAAAAGAAGAUAAUUUUAGAAACGAGCAGAUCAGAGAGGUUUAGACUGACAUUUAUUGAAUCUCUUCAUGUAAUUUACCUAUUGAAGCUAGUAGAGAAAACUAGCUAAGCAUGGAUUUGAGCGUUUCCAGAACACGUGUUUAUGAUUUUGAAUUUGUGUUUGGAUGGAGAAACAUGAACAUAGAUGAAUGCUAGUUUAUCUCUGUAUAUGUAUUAUAAGGAUAAUGUUUGAAAUCGUCUCGAUUCGGUGUUUUUUAUGCAUAUAAAUCAAAAAAUAUAUUUCUCUAACGUUUAAAUGGGCCAGUAUAAUUGUCACUCAUGGAUAUUACAAACUUCCUUUUCAAUGAAAAGAUGACGGCCACCACUUUUAAAACAUGAAAAGGAGGAUUAAAAAAUAUUUCAAAUAUUCUAAAGGUUUUGUGUCAUAUAGUGCCAUAGUUUUGUUGGAGAAUAUAUAUUAGAGAGAGAAAGACAUUACAUCCAAAAUUAAUAUGAAUUCAAUAAAUAAUAUAAUUAUGGGUUACAUAAAGCUGAUGAAAUAUUACAUACAUAUUGUUAUCAAAGAAAUACAUGUUUAUCAAAUAAUCAUACACGUUUCAUCAUUUAUUCAAAAUAGAAACAAUAAGUCGAUAAGCAUGCAGUGCACAAUAUAAAUUAUAUAUAUUAUACACUUAUGUUUUAAAUAUUCAGAUAUAUCGCUGCAAUAAAAUGCAAACACUUGUAUUUUCAUUUUCCGUAUUUUCUGUUAAAAUUUACCUAUCACAUUAGUGGAACUAAUUGUCGGUAUUUUCACUGGCGUGUUGAAUGACUUCUGUCUUCUAAAUUUAUAACAAGUAAUAUUAAAAGUAAAUAAUAAGAAAAGAAAGAUACUCAACUGUUUUAGCUAUUUUAUCAUAUUAAAACGAGAAAAGUAUAUAAUAAACAAGACUUAUCAUUGUUUCUAUAAUUUCGGGAUUUUUCUUUCACCUCGGGAAAUGAAAUAAUCAAAUCUUACAAGUGACUACAGUCACGUGAAAAAUAUUUAUUUUCAUAAAACUUGCUGAGUAUACAUCUUGUAUUUGGUAGCUGAUUUUGAACACUUUUGUGCAGCGUGUUGUCGACCUUGUCGACAGAGACUUGGGCGCAUUGUCGUACUGUCGUCUUGUCGCUAACGAUGCAUGCCAAAGGGCGCGUUGUCUUCCGGCAUGUUGUCGCGAUGUCACAUUUUCGCUCGGCUCAUAUCGAAGGAUUGGCUAUUUUUAUAAAUAUAAACAAAGCGUAAAGGCGACAUGGCGACAACACGCCGAUUGGUGUGCUUCGCUAGCAACAAAAUGACAAGAUGACAGUUCAACGACGCACCAUUCGGUCCGUUUUCCUAGCCACAAGACGACAAGACAAAAAAAAAGGCGAUAACGAUAUGGGUUAGAUUGUCGCUAAAAACAACGCAACGCGCAAAGUGUA